AUGACUAAUGUUAAUAAUAAUAUGAACAAUUCAGGCAAUAAUUCAACACCUACGAAUGAGGUGUUAUGGGAAUCUUUAUAUAACGAUUUUAACGAAAUAACAGAUAGAAAUAAGAAACAUUUUAAUUAUAUAGAGAAUAGUUUAUUUAAUUUUUGUAAAGGUGUUAGUUCAAAUGAAGAGUUAUCUUAUGAUUUAUCGAAUCGUAGAAUGAGUGAUAUAUCAGGUUUAAGAAAAAAUAAUAUAGGGAUUAAAGUAAAUGUGAAUAAUUUAAUAACACAGAAAAGUAGGAUAAAUAAUAUAAAUGAAAAUACUAAUGGUGUUAAUAAUAAUAAAAAUAAUAAAGAGGAAUUGAAUAAUGUUAUGUUGAAUAAUAAUAUAAAUGAUGAAUAUGAAAAAGAAAGCAAUUUUAUUUUAAAGGAUGAAGAUGUUGAAUAUAUAAAAAAUGAUACGUAUAUAAGUUGUACGGAUGUUAUGAAUAGUGAAAAAACAAGAAACUCUGAUAAUUUUAAUAAUUCCUAUAUAACUUCAUCAGCAAAUAAUAAUGUCGUUUCAAAAUCGGGGAGUUAUAAAUGUGACGCAGAAAAUAAUAAUACAAAUAUGAAGGAUUUGUCUGACAUAAAUAAUAACAAUAAUAAUAAUAAUAAUAAUAACAAUAAUGAUAAUAAUAUUAAUAUUGGUUGUAAUGAGGGGAAAAAUAAUUAUUUCUUAUUUAAUAAUAAUAAAGACGGAUUAAGAAGAUCUAGUCUUUUUAAUUUGAAGAGCAAAUCAUGCCACAAUUUUUCUUUACCAGAUGAUGGAUUUUAUAAUUAUCACAACAACAAUAAUAAUAAUAAUGAUAAUAAUAAUAAUAAUAAUAAAAGUAAUAGUAAUUAUUAUAUAUCUAACGAUUUUUCAAAGAAUAAAUUACUAUUAAAUAAAAAAAAUGACGAUCAUACAUUUCUAUUAAGCAAUAAAAAAAUUUAUGAUACCUACAAAGAAAGAAAAAGCGAUAAGAAAUUUAUUACUUUUAAUACUUUUGAUAAUCAUUCAGAAGGAAGUGUUAUAUUUCCUAUGGAGAAAUAUAGAAAUUUUACAUUGCCCUCAGAAGAAAAAAUAACAUCUUAUAAUUUUUUAAAAAAACAUAAUAGUACAUUUGAUUCUUUGGAAAAAUUAGAUAUGUUAUUGAAAAGUAAAUAUAAAAGUAUUAACAAUAAAUAUAACAACAACAAUAAUAACAAUAAUAAUAAUAAUAAUAAUUUAGAAAGUGAAAAUCAUAUUGCAGAUGAUGCCAUGUCCAUUUCAUAUUCAUGUCCUAAAGAAAAUAUUAAAAAAAAUCAUUUCCUUAAGUCAUUUUUAAGCGGUGAACAUAAUUAUAAAAUAGGUUCUGUCAUGUCAGAAAUUUAUAAUAGAAAUACAGAUGUUGAUAAAAGUGAUGAAUCUCCUCUAUCUGAACAAAAUGCAGAAAUUGAUAACCACAAUGUAUUAAUUAAUAGAUCAAAAAAAUUAAUAGAAAUUAGUAAAAAAUGUUUAAGUGGUUAUUCAGAUGUGGCUUCUAAUAAUAUGAAUGAUUUAUAUAUAAACAAAAAAGGUGACCGUAAUAAUAGUAUUUAUGAUAAUAUAUGUGACAGUUUUAAAAGACAAGAAAGUGUCUCAAAAUCGUUAUUAUUUUCUGAUAAAAAUAAACAAAUAGAACCCAUUGAAAUAUCAAAAAAUGAUGAUAACAAUAAUAAUAAUAAUAAUAAAAGUAAUAUUGAUCAGUUGCUAAAUAAUUUGAAAACUAUGGAUAGUUCUAACGGAUACGAUUAUGUAAAUCAUAUGGAUAAUGUACAGUACAGUUAUGAUACUGAAGAAGAUGAAGAUGAUAAUGAUAAUGAUAAUUGUCGUGGACAAAAAUCAAAGAUAAGUGAUCAUGGUCUAAAUAAUGAUAAUGUAGAGCAAAAUAUAUGUAACUUAAAAAUGGUAAACGCAACAAAUCAAAAUAAUAACAAUAAUAAUAAUGAUAAUAUUUCAAAAUUUAAAGAAGAGCAUAUAGAAAAAAAUGGAAAAAAAAUAAAUACAAUUUUUGAGGCAUAUGAUAAAAAAAAUAUAACACAAGGGAAAGAAAAUGCCUAUAAAUACAACAACAUAUAUAUGAAUAAUACCCAAGGAGGGGAUAAUAAUAUAACUGGUGUUGUUAAUAGUGGUCAUGAGAAAAAAAAAGAAAUAAAAAUAGAAGAUGUAUGUUCCUUAUCAAAAGAGGAGGAAGAUGCAUUAAUUAAUAUCGACAGGAAUCAUGUUUUGUUAGAUGAUCAUAAGAAAAAAGAGGAGAAGUAUGUUGAAAGUGGAGGGGGAGUGAAUAUGAAUAUAUAUACAAAAGAGGAACAUGAUAAGAAUAUUGUGAGUGAUGAUCACAAUAUAGAUGAUGAUGAUGAUGAUGAUUAUAUAUAUGAAAAACUGAAAGAUAGUAAACACCUUAUAGAAAAGGAUGUUCCCCAUGUUGCUGACGUUGACAGGGUUAAUGUUGAUGAAAAAGAAAGUAUAUCCUUAGAUGGAACCGGUAGGAGUGCACGUAAAAUAAUCAUGCAUCCCGAUUUUGUUGAGAAAUAUCUUCAAAAUAAAAAAAACGAUAGUGUGAUGGGAUAUCGGGAAGAAAUAAAAAUUAGCGACGAGCAGAAAAAAGCGCUAGACAAAAGUGUUAAUGUUAUAAAUUAUUCAAACGAUGUAAAACGUUUAUUUCGAGAGAAAUAUUUUUUGCAAGAUUUAUGUGAAAAAAGAAAAGUUAUGAUUCAAAAAAGUAAAAUUGAAAAUACGAAAUUAAAUAUUGAAAUAAAAUCACUUUUAAGUUUUAACAAUAACUUGAGUUAUGCAUUAAAAGAAAAAGAUGCUGAAAUAAAAAUUUUGAAAAAACAGAAAGAAGAAUUAGAAAUAAAUUUAAUGAAACGAGUUAAUAAUAAUACAAAUAAUAAUCAUCCUAAUCCUUAUUCUUUCUUAAAUAAUUCUACUCACUUAAGUUUAUAUAAUGAUGACAAAAGAAAUAGCAUCGAUAAUAAUUAUAAUGUUUUAUGUAAUAAAAGCACAUCCUCAUCGAUUAUUUUAAAUAACAUGAAUGAUGCAAAUGAAACUAUUAUACAAAGUUAUGAAAAAAAAAUACAAGAAUUGACAGUGCAACUAAAAAUGUAUCAAACGAAAAAUAAUGACUUGCAAGAACAGUUGAAAAUUUUUAUGAACGAGUAA